AUGCAAGUCUAUACGGCUCUGGCAUUGCAAGCUGCCCGCCGAGUCCCGCCUACCAUCAUCCGCGCAAAUAGCAGCAUCACCAGACAAUCACCCUUGCAGCGCCUCCGACUCAGACCACGGCCCUUUCUCUCGCGCUCCUUUUCCAUCACCACGCACUCUUCCUCGAGCAAUUCCCCACCAAUGGCCGCGCACACAGACACUGAAGCCGCAGAGGUCGCCGCCUCCUCCUCCCCACCCAUCACCCCAGAGUACCUCACCGAAAAGCUCAAACAGUCCAUAAAUAUAACCCACAUCAGUAUGGAAGAUAUGUCCGGUGGCUGCGGACAGGCCUUUAAUGCCAUCAUUGUGUCCCCAGAAUUUGAGAAGAAAACGCUGUUGGCAAGGAGUCGGCUGGUCAACGGCGUGCUGAAGGAUGAGAUCAGAGCGAUCCAUGCCUGGACGCCCAAAUGUUUGACCCCGGAGCAGUGGGAGAAGGAGAAGGAGAGGAUAGGGUGA